AACAUAUAUGCGAAUCCUUGGAAGGGCCUCAUGGCGCCCGUCAAUUCUAAAACUCCUAUGCUGUUGACCAGUAUCUGCCGACGAUGGAGGGGUGUUGCUAUGAGCACACCCAGUCUGUGGUGCAGGUUGCUCGUGGAAGUUGACGACAAGGAUUGGUAGCGGGCGGCUCCCUGCUAUGACUCAUGGCUCAAGCAGUCGCAGGGACUCCCACUCUCCUUGGUACUCGACUGCUCCGGCGAUCAGUCGACUCAAUUACGAAGCAUUAUCCUCCCAUACAUGAACCAAAUCUCAAUUAUCUCUACCUUUUUAACCACGAUGCCGAAAAAUUAGCACUUUUGUUAACAGACCUCCCAGCACUUGAGGAACUAACCAUAGGCUUACAUCGUGAUCGUUCUACGCCAGCUGUCGCGCAAUCUAUGUCGCAAUUGCCGUUCACUAUGUGCAGGCUCUCGGUAAUAGUGCCGUGUUUUGACCUACAGAACUAUCAUUUUGGCUCUGUAUGGACCCACCUGACAUAUGUCGAGAUUGGCCUAGUACUCGAACCGGCUUCAGUCCUCCAAGUUCUCCAGCUAUGUCACGACCUCUCCUCGUUAACAGUUCACACCGCACUCAUGCGAGUGCAAACUUUAGAGCCACUCACGCACCCCAAAAUCCAAUUCUUACAGCUCCGUCCUAGUCGGAGCCUUUCGAGCACGUUGACCGAUCUCACAUCCUUAUCUCGCCUGUUCAAUGCUCUAUCGCUUCCAGACUUGCGCGUGUUUGGAGCUAACCGCGAUCACAGUGACGGUCUAACAUGGCCUCAUGGUGGGUUAAAGGCAUUAUUUGCACGGUCAAAUUGUCCCCUGGAGCGCCUGGUUUUAGAUGGUGAGGUGGGGAUGAGAGAUGAGCAACGAGCAGAAUACGUUGCCCUUAUUCCUUCCCUCGAGGUAGUGCCGUAAUUAUGGAUCAUGAAUUCUGUACGUUUCCCUUAUUUUUCAAUCGAAAUGGAUCAAACACUUGGAAUCUAUUGUUUCGUUUCACAUUAGAAGCGAUGUUGGGUUGUCAGUAGCACCAGAAAUAGUCUUCAGGCUGAAUACCGUGACAACAAAGUUGAUUGUGCAUCGUUAAUGCAUGUUUGCGCUGAUCACUACGCGUGUGAGAUCUAGCAAAAAGGACACAGAUUUGGUAUACCAUGCAUGAGAUCUUGGUUAGAAGGGGUGUCGAAAAAUUCUGUGAAUUUCAUGAAUUGAUGAUGUUGAC